CGGACACACGGUUUCACCUCCCACAGUCCCUGCUCGGCGCCCCCGGUCACUCCAGUCAGAAGCACAUCUUAUCUCCCUUCCGUUCCAAAUGGACCUCUCGCGCCUUCUUUAGCUCGCCUUCCUCUUUCACCAUUCGAUUUAUCUCUUUAGGCACGGUCCAAAUCUAGGGUUUCACAGAACCUAUUAAAUAAGUGGUGCAGGUAGUUGAAGAUUAAGAGGUGGCGAUGUAUGCAAGGAGAAUAAAGUGCAGAAAUCAGAGAUGGGGGUUAGCUUUUCAGUCUUCCAAAUAUUUGAGUAGGCCAAACUGUGUAGAACAGGCUUCUUCUCAAUCUUUGAGUCGUACACCUAUAGCGAGAGGCCACUCUUCACAUAAUAGUUUGAUUAGAAGACAUUUGUUAGAUUCUAUUACACCUAGGGGUCUUGCUGGCGGUAGUAGUUACAGUAGCUUCCAUGUGAGGCUUACAACGUGUUUAAAAAGCAGUCAGUUACGUGUCUAUAGUUCUGAAGGCGAUGGAAGGAACACAAGCGAGGAUGAACAUAUACCCAUUAAAGAUGGGAGUAACUUUGAUAAGGGAAAGACUCGGCAAGAAAAAGUUAGCGAAGAUGUGAGGCGUUCUGAUGCCCAUGCUCGGCUUGGGGAACAGGAUCAGAAAGAGUGGCUCAAAAAUGAGAAGCUUGCUAUUGAGAGUAAGAAGAAGGAAUCGCCUUUUCUGACCAGACGUGAGAAGUUCAGAAAUGAGUUUUCGCGGAGGAUUGUUCCGUGGGAGAAGAUAUCAGUAUCAUGGGACAUGUUUCCUUACCACAUUCAUGAACACACCAAAAAUAUUUUGGUGGAAUGUGCUGCUUCUCAUUUGAAACAUAAGAAGUUCACUGCUUCUUAUGGUUCUCGGUUGACAUCUUCAAGUGGGAGAAUAUUGCUUCAGAGCAUGCCAGGCACUGAACUUUACCGAGAGAGAUUAGUGAGAGCACUUGCACGGGAUCUACAAGUUCCCCUACUGGUGCUUGACAGCAAUGUUCUCGCUCCUUAUGAUUUUGGUGAUGAGUGUGAAUCAGAUGAGGAUGAUGCAGAAUCUGGGGAUGAGUGUACUUCGGAAUCGGAGGUUGAAGAUGAGCAUGAUGCGAGCAAUGAAGAAGAGUGGACAAGCAGUGGUGAGGCAAGUGCUGAUGUCAGUGAUAAUGACGAAGUUGAUGUGGAAGCAACUGCUGAAGCAGCCCUCAAGAAGCUUAUUCCCUACAACUGCAACCUUGAAGAAUUUGCAAAGAGAGUCUCUGGAGAAGUGGAGAGUUCCUCUGAGUCCUCAAAGUCUGAGGCUGUUGAGUCUUGUGAUAAAUCCAAACAGCCGCUAAAGAAAGGUGAUCGGGUGAAAUACAUUGGGGCUUCUGUAUGCAUUGAAGCUGAUAACAGGGUCAUAUUGGGGAAGAUACCAACAUCUGAUGGUCUGACAAAUGCUUAUACCAUUAUUCGUGGCAGGCCUUUAUCAAAUGGUCAACGUGGAGAGGUAUAUGAGGUGGAAGGUGAUCGAGUUGCUGUCAUUUUGGAUAUUGAUGAAAAAAAUGCUACCGAAGGAGAGGAGGAUAAACUCAAAGAGCCUAUAAAACCUCCAAUUUAUUGGAUAGAUGUGUGUAGAUAA